UGGAGGGCAUUCACGGCGCGGCUGCACGUGUCUCCGGACAACGUCAGUCCACCGUUCCACAUCGCAGACGCGCGUUGCUCAGUGAGCAGCGGGGAAAGGAAGGCGGCGCGCGGAAGUUUGUGGAGGUGCGCUCGGCCGAUCCGAACUCGGCAAAUCCACAGGUGGUCGUCCACAACGGCGGUCGUCGUUCGAAGCGUCGGGGCGAGCGCUUACCUGUCGCACCGCCUUGCCGCGGCUGCCACCACUGGCGGAUUGUUUUUGUCGGUUGCCCCGUUGUGCGGCCGAGUUACGCGAGUGCCUGCCUGUGCGCGUUCGCGAUUGAAGCCCGGUGAUCGGCAAGUGUUAACCGGAGAGGAAACAAACACUUCUUCGUUGAAGUGCCCUGUUUUGUGCGAUUGUCAAGGCUGUCCAGAAAAGAGUGCAGCGGAACUCCUGGUGCUACCCAACGUUUCUUCACUGAGCAAACGCCUGCGAGAGAAGCUCAGGAUGGAUUUAAAACUCGUCUUGUUCUUCAGCUCGAUGUGGACUCUUGCACGGUCCAGCUGCAAAACAGAGGAGGCAAUCCAGGGCACCAAGACAUGCGGUAGCAGUUUCAAGAGUCAGCUGGCGCAAGGGUCGUUCAACAGCUCCAAUCCGGAAGAUCUACACCGGGCGUGCUGUUCCAUGGACCAGCUGGAGCGAUGCCUGCACAGGGCGAGUGCCGAGGCCGGCUGUAAAGAAGAGGUGUCCGUCCUGGUACAGACACUGACGCAGACGGCAAAAGACCUCCUCGGAGACGUCUACCAUACGCACUGCAAGUUCGACUGCAACGGGGCCACGAGGACGAUUUCGGCGCCUUGGAUCGCUGCCCUCUUCCUAACCGGCUGUUCCCUGUUCCUGCUUCGCGGAGGAGUGCUUGCGAUAUCUUGAUUACGCUCGAUUACGUCGCACAACAGGACCGCUAGAGGCCGAGAACAGCUCUAAACCAAAGUCUUGCUAAAGAUUAUGUGGUACGCGACGCGACUGCGUGUAACGAAAAGACCGGACAAAGAACUGAGUGUCCGUCGAUAGCGUCCGGUUAUCUCACCGCGGCCUUAAUGGAAGCGCUGUGAUUAAUGAAGCAAGGACGAGCCAUUUUACGCACAAUCAUCCGCAAAAUGACUGCGGUAUACGCUGGUGCUGUUCACUCAGUAUGUUCUGUGAUUUCCAUCACAUGUCCAAAAAUUUGUACGCCUUGUGCGCAGACCAAAAAAAAGUAUGUACCAUCAGCUUUGAUCAUUGCAAACGUUCCAGGAUUACUCGACCAACAUGUUAAAGAUAUUGAGUUGGAAAAUACAACAGGGAUGUAAUUUUCGCGUAAGCUAUCAGCCCCAAUUGUCCUCCUGUAACCACAUUAUCACCCAAUAUUUCGCAAGUAUUUAGCUUGUAGGUGUGCGAAGCUUUUAAUGGCUCUACCCACGACUUUUCGGCUAUGUGAUUUUAGGCGGCAAGUCGGCCUAGUUAAGUCACCGAACGUUUUAGCUGCCUCAACUUUGCGUGUGAUAAGAAAAAAGGAAAGUAUGACGUGUGUACCAAGCCGUCCGAAACGUACGCCGUAGCGAUCUCUUGCGUUUCGUUUAUCGCAGCUGCAUACAUAGCGGGCUUUCACCUCAAAUUAUAAGGUGCGACGAGGAGUUGGGGGGAUGUUUAGUUGCGCUAAAUCAGCAAGCUCGUACAUCGUAACAUAAUUUUGUUCCUGAAGGCCCAGAAAUGUACGCAUCGCUAUGGUGUCUGCUUCAUACAUUCAACGUCCUACUACGCGCUUGAAGUGCACUUGUAUAGCGAUGGUGGUUCAUGGCGCAAUAAAAACCCACAGCUAA